AGCUAGCCAGAGCCGCGGGCGAGCGCGGCGAGCGGGGAUCCUGGUGGGGAUCGCUGCGCGGGAGGCGCGUCCCCCAGCUCCGCCGCGGCCGCCCUCCGCCGCUCGAGCACUCCGCUUCCUUCCCUCCCCUCCCCUGCGCUCCGCCCUGGGGUCUCGGCGCGGGGAGCGGAGGGAAGGGACGAAGGAGGAGGAGGUGAAAGCGGGGUGAGGGGCGGAAGGGUCCCGGCGCGGGGUGAGACGAGGGCUGCCUCUAGUUCUCCCGCCGCUGCCGCCGUCUCCUGGUCGGGUGCCGCGGCCCGAGGCGCGCGGGGCUCCCGGGGCGCCCGCACUAUGCAGGCGGACUGCCGGCUGCCGCGAUGGCGAGCCGGGCGGUGGUGAGAGCCAGGCGCUUCCCGCAGUGUCCCCAAGUCCGGGCCGCGGCCGCCGCCCCCGCCUGGGCCGCGCUCCCCCUCUCCCGCUCCCUCCCUCCCUGCUCCAACUCCUCCUCCUCCUCCAUGCCUCUGUUCCUCCUGCUCUUACUUGUCCUGCUCCUGCUGCUCGACGACGCUGGAGCCCAGCAAGGUGAUGGAUGUGGACACACUGUACUAGGCCCUGAGAGUGGAACCCUUACAUCCAUAAACUACCCACAGACCUAUCCCAACAGCACUGUUUGUGAAUGGGAGAUCCGUGUAAAGAUGGGAGAGAGAGUUCGCAUCAAAUUUGGUGACUUUGACAUUGAAGAUUCUGAUUCUUGUCACUUUAAUUACUUGAGAAUUUAUAAUGGAAUUGGAGUCAGCAGAACUGAAAUAGGCAAAUACUGUGGUCUGGGGUUGCAGAUGAACCAUUCAAUUGAAUCAAAAGGCAAUGAAAUCACAUUGCUGUUCAUGAGUGGAAUCCAUGUUUCUGGACGCGGAUUUUUGGCCUCAUACUCUGUUAUAGAUAAACAAGAUCUAAUUACUUGUUUGGACACUGCAUCCAAUUUUUUGGAACCUGAGUUCAGUAAGUACUGCCCAGCUGGUUGUCUGCUUCCUUUUGCUGAGAUAUCUGGAACAAUUCCUCAUGGAUAUAGAGAUUCCUCGCCAUUGUGCAUGGCUGGUGUGCAUGCAGGAGUAGUGUCAAACACGUUGGGUGGCCAAAUCAGUGUUGUAAUUAGUAAAGGUAUCCCAUAUUAUGAAAGUUCUUUGGCUAACAACGUCACAUCUGUGGUGGGACACUUAUCUACAAGUCUUUUUACAUUUAAGACAAGUGGUUGUUAUGGAACACUGGGGAUGGAGUCUGGUGUGAUCGCGGAUCCUCAAAUAACAGCAUCAUCUGUGCUGGAGUGGACUGACCACACGGGGCAAGAGAACAGUUGGAAACCCGAAAAAGCCAGGCUGAAAAAACCUGGACCGCCUUGGGCUGCUUUUGCCACUGAUGAAUACCAGUGGUUACAAAUAGAUUUGAAUAAGGAGAAGAAAAUAACAGGCAUUAUAACCACUGGAUCCACCAUGGUGGAACACAAUUACUAUGUGUCUGCCUACAGAAUCCUGUACAGUGAUGAUGGGCAGAAAUGGACUGUGUACAGAGAGCCUGGUGUGGAGCAAGAUAAGGUAUUUCAAGGAAACAAAGAUUAUCACCAGGAUGUGCGUAAUAACUUUUUGCCACCAAUUAUUGCACGUUUUAUUAGAGUGAAUCCUACCCAAUGGCAGCAGAAAAUUGCCAUGAAAAUGGAGCUGCUCGGAUGUCAGUUUAUUCCGAAAGGUCGUCCUCCAAAACUUACUCAACCUCCACCUCCUCGGAACAGCAAUGACCUCAGAAACACUACAGCCCCUCCAAAAAUAGCCAAAGGUCGUGCCCCAAAAUUUACGCAACCACUACAACCUCGCAGUAGCAAUGAAUUUCCUGCACAGACAGAACAAACAACUGCCAGUCCUGAUAUCAAAAAUACUACCGUAACUCCAGAUGUAACCAAAGAUGUAGCACUGGCUGCAGUUCUUGUCCCUGUGCUGGUCAUGGUCCUCACUACUCUCAUUCUCGUAUUAGUGUGUGCCUGGCACUGGAGAAACAGAAAGAAAAAAACUGAAGGCACCUAUGACUUACCUUACUGGGACCGGGCAGGUUUUUAUUUAAUGAUCUCUUUGGCUUACCGUCACAAUGAAGGUUGGUGGAAAGGAAUGAAGCAGUUUCUUCCUGCAAAAGCAGUGGACCAUGAGGAAACCCCAGUUCGCUAUAGCAGCAGCGAAGUUAAUCACCUGAGUCCAAGAGAAGUCACCACAGUGCUGCAGGCUGACUCUGCAGAGUAUGCUCAGCCACUCGUAGGAGGAAUUGUUGGCACACUUCAUCAGAGAUCUACCUUUAAACCAGAAGAAGGAAAAGAAGCAGGCUAUGCAGACCUAGAUCCUUACAACUCACCAGGGCAGGAAGUUUAUCACGCCUAUGCUGAACCACUCCCAAUUACGGGGCCUGAGUAUGCAACCCCAAUCAUCAUGGACAUGUCAGGGCACCCCUCAGCUUCAGCUGGUCUGCCCUCCACAUCCACUUUCAAAGCUACGGGGAACCAACCGCCCCCGCUAGUGGGAACUUACAAUACACUUCUCUCCAGGACUGACAGCUGCUCCUCAGCCCAGGCCCAGUAUGAUACCCCGAAAGGUGGGAAGCCAGGUCCACCUGCCCCAGACGAGUUGGUGUACCAGGUGCCACAGAGCACACAGGAAGUAUCAGGAGCAGGAAGGGAUGAGGAAUGUGAUGUUUUUAAAGAAAUCCUUUGAAGGUGAUGCUGCUUUUUGCAAAGCAUCGUUUUAAAGCACAUGGCCUUUUUUUUUUUUUCUUUUAAUUAUUAGUGGUAGUAAUAUAUAGAAUGUAUUACAUAUCUGUCACUGAAGUGGUUGGGGAAAAUGUGGUGACUGAGGUACAGGAAACUACUAAUCUUGCCAUCUUGCUUUAAAGGUGUUAUGGUGGCACAGUUACUGCUCGCCUGUUAAAUUUCAAAUGUCCUGUUUGAUACUACUGUAGAACACUAUUUUUAAUACAGAAAAAGCUCCCUAUAAUGCACUUCAGAGAAAUUAAAAAUCACUGAAAGUAUUUAUUACCAAUGCUGCAGGUACAUUAAUGAACUCGAGAUGGCUCUGUAAGCCUGACUGGCAAUAACGCACGGUACUGUUCUUGAAAUACCUAAUGGCUUGAAAUUCUAGUCUUGUUUGUGAAAGAUGGGUACUAUCAUGAUUUCCUCUUCUAUUCCUAUAUUCUUUUCUGGAUUAUGUUUUUUAAUAAUUACUGAUAUAAGCAUUGUUUUGUUUUGAUUGCAGCCGUAUCCACUUAUCCAUCUUAAGAUCUCUGGCUGGGAUUCUCUGACUUGUAAUGAGCAGGGGGAUUGCUUUUUCACUUUGUGACACUCUUUAGAGCUUUAAUGCUUCACAGUAUAUGGCCUGGUCUCAUCCUCGCGUGUUCCACGUGAGGCCCUUGGUGGCUUGCCCCAUUCUUGUGUUUGUAAAAUGUUUGAGUAUUUCUGAUGAGUGAUUCUUGCCUUAGUCUCAUGAAUUCAGAUCCCUUCAUGUCUUUAAGUAUGCUCCUCUAUGUGUAAACAGGAACAACUUGACGAUUUGAAAGCUUUAAAGGAGAUUCUUCUCCCACCCCCAACUUUAUUUACAAUGGGAUUUUUCCUAGGAGAGUUAUGAAAAGUUGAAGGCUUCUAAGGGAGUGCUGUAAACAUGACUCACUUACAUUUAUCACAGUGAAAGGCAAAAUUAUUCACUCAGAAGUAAUAUAAAUUACCUCUUUAAAAAGUAACCAGAAUCUGUCCUUUUUGGUUUUAUACAUUCACAAAAUAUACAUUUUUCUUGAGUCUCAAGGUAUUUUAUAUUUUUAGUCAGAAAAAAUAAUUUUUCAUUUCAGUUUUCCAUAAACUAUUACACACAAUAUAAACCUAACAUGUAUUUUUCAGGACUGCAUGAUUGUGCACUUUGUCUGUGUGGUAAGAGGUUUGAGUAAUCCUGUAUGUCACCUAGGGAACAGACAUUAUAGCUUCCUAGCAAGUGAAUAUUCAUGCCUUGUUUUUGAUACCUCCUGGCAGCUUCCAUGUCACCACGUGUUCAUACCUGCCCAGAGCUAGUUUUAGACACAGCAAAAUAGAAAUCCUCUGUAAUUUAUUAGCCAACAAUGUAAAACCAUCUUUAAAAGCCUUCAGACUAGCAACAUGACAUGAGCAGUUCACCAUAUGAUAAAAAUAUAUAAAUUUGAUAGUCCCUCUUCCAUAAACCUUUGUCUGUAGAUUUAAUGUAGAACAGAACUUUUCCAUAAAGUUCGAGUCACUUCUGUUGGCCUGAGCCACCAGAUUAUGAUGUUGCCAGAAUUCACUCAAUUUGAAUAAAGAUGAACAGUAUUUGUUUUCUUGCUUCCAUGAAUUAUAUCAGUAUUCUAAAACAUUGCUUCAGAAAGAGAACUGUUUAUUUCUGCAGGCUUCCUGCCCUUUUGUGGUAUGGUUUUGUUGGCCUUAUUUUCACUGUUUUUUCCUUCUCCAAACUUUGAGGCGCCAUUUCAUUCAUUGAAAAAUCAAUACAUAUUUUGUUUCAAAAUGUUUGAAACAAAAGACAUAGAUGUUAGACUUUUAUUAAAACAUACAUGGAUGUGUAAAGCACAUGUAUUAACGCAGUCAUCCCUUUUCAGGUGGGAAGAGGGCAAACGAGUUGAUUUUUUUAAUUCAUCCUUAACACAGAGAAUAUACUUUUCCUCAAGUAACAUACCUGUUUGAAGCUUUAAGAGAGAUGUUUUUGGUAACUAUUUCAUUUUCCCAAAGAAGUUUGCUAUUCUUACGUUAAUUGUGUAUACCUGAUCGAUUGUUUUUUUCCUGGAGGUUUUUGUUGUUGUUUACUUUUGGGUUUUUUUUUUAAGAGGCAAUUGUUUUCUGAAAUGAUGCAUAUUUUAAGACUCAAUUCAUAUUGCCACUGUGCUAUCCUUGAACUACCAAUAAUUUUUAUAAAAUAUCUAGUUUUUACUACUUUUAUAUAAACUUUCCUUUCCAGAUGAAGAGCUGAGCCUGAUUCAAAUGGUUUUUCUGCUUUGUACUUCUUUUUAAGUUCAUUGGUUUUUAUAGUAGAGGUUUUCUAUUUGUUUUGUUUUUUUUACUACAUUUAUAUCUGAUACAUACAUUGCUUUGGAGACAAUCAAGUAACAACUGAAAAUGUGAAAGUAACUGUAUCUGACAAAAUUCCCUUGUAUUUUUAUCCUUUGCUUGCAACAUUUAAGACUCAAAGUCACUGGUGUAUUGGAUUAGGUUUUUUCUUAGUAAUACAGUUAUAGAAAUACAUCAGAGACACAACAAAUGUGGCCAUUACAGGUUUCAUAAAAUUACACUGACUUGGCUGUUACUUGAUCGUAGGAAACAGCACAGUUUAAGAUAUUGUGAAUUCUGACUUAUACUUUAUUAAAUGCUGUAAAUCUAAAUAGAUCCUGUUGUAUGUGCUGGGUCUAGUCCAGUUUAUUUAAGUCCACGUUUCACUGUUUGCACUUUGCAUUGAACAAUGGGUUUAUUCGCUGAUGUAAAUGGUUCGAGUGAAGAAUUAAUGCAGUCAUUACGACAACACAUACACACUUCCCUCUCCCCAUCCCCAGAGGAGGGGAGCAGAAUCUGAGCUUAUCUAAAUAUGAAUGUGGCCACAAAGCUGUGGAAAGUGACAAAGCUUGAACACCUUUGCCCUGGCUCUGCAUUGUCACCUAGAGAGCAAGAGGUCUAUAGAAACAUCAUGUCAGAUGAGACGAUUCUCUGCUUUUUGGUUCUGAACUUGAAGUCCCUAAACUGCAAAAUCUAAGUAAGAGUUGGAUGGUUAUUAAAAUGCUUUUAAAGUCAACUGUGGCACCAAUUCUCAUGUAAUUCAACUUUUGUUUUUUUCUUUUUUUUUGGUGGCACUGGGCAAAGUGGAAACAAACAUGUAUUGAAAUACAUAUUGGAGAUAAAAAUGGCUUGAGCGUCAGUGAUAUUCUCCCAGAAUGUACUUUUCUUACCUCGGCAUGUACUGUAGUCACUCAGUAUUUGUAUAUGUUGCUAGAAUUUAGAUUGUAAAAUAGUGAAAUUUUUAUGUGUUCAUUUGUUUUUAAUAAAUUGUAUAUAUGUCUUGCUCAGAUUAUUUGGUUUAAAUAAAACAACCUUGAGGUUUGUAGCUUUUCCUUAUAUUAUAAAA